GUGAUGACAGGGAGUCGUCGGCCUGAUGUCACCGAGGAGGAGGGCUUACCCUCGGAGCUGGUCUACACCUUGGAGGACAACCCUCCCUGGUAUCUCUGUGUCUUCCUCGGAGCACAGCAUUUCUUCACCAUGGUCAGCACCACCAUUCCUAUCCCCUUCGUGCUGGCGUCUCUGGUGUGCCUGGAGCCCUCGGACCCCGUCCGCAGCCAUCUCGUCUCCACCAUCGUCUUCGUCUCCGGUCUCAUUACCCUCCUCCAGUCUACUGUAGGCGUCAGGUGGGUGGUGAUCAAGUCAGAUGGGUGGUGGUCGAGUCAGGUCGGUUGUAGUCAGGUGGGUGAUGACCGAGGCAGGCUGCCAAUUGUACAAGGCGGUAACUUCGCGUAUCUCAUCCCAACAAUGGCGCUUUUGUCUGCAAACUUUGGGUCCUGCGAGGCCCAGUGGGCGGCCAACAUUACAGCACAGGAGCAGCAGGAGGCAUGGCAAUCCAGGAUGAGGGUCAUCCAGGGUAAUAUUGCCGUCUCAUCCCUUUUCCAGAUCUUACUCGGCUUCACAGCAGACAUUAACACGCUGCCAAAGUGA